AUGUUCACUUCAAGGAAGAAAAUCAGCAAAGACAAGGGUGCCGAGCCAACUGAAUUUGAAGAAUCUGUUGGACAGGCGUUGUUUGAUUUAGAGAAUACCAACCAUGAACUCAAAAGUGAGCUAAAGGAUUUAUAUAUCAAUUCAGCCGUCCAAGUUGAUGUGUCUGGCAAUCGCAAGGCUGUGCUUAUCCAUGUCCCCUACAGACUUAGGAAGGGUUUCCGAAAGAUUCAUGUCAGGCUUGUUCGGGAGCUUGAGAAGAAAUUCAGUGGCAAGGAUGUAAUCCUGAUUGCCACAAGGAGGAUUGUAAGGCCUCCUAAGAAGGGUUCAGCUGCUCAACGCCCCCGCAGCCGCACACUCACUGCUGUGCAUGAGGCAAUGCUGGAGGAUGUUGUAUUACCAGCUGAGAUUGUUGGAAAACGCAUCAGAUACCGCAUUGAUGGGUCAAAGGUCAUGAAGGUGUUUUUGGACCCAAAGGAAAGAAACAAUACAGAAUACAAGUUGGAGACCUUUGCUGCUGUUUACAGGAAACUUUCAGGCAAAGAUGUUGUUUUCGAGUAUCCUGUUACUGAGGCUUAG